AUGAUGGACCUCGCCAGCCUCAAGGUCAUGGCCAACCGCGCCGGCAACACGCUCUACUUCGCCGGUGCUGCGGCCGCAGAGAUCGGCAAGGAGAGGGGCACGCAGGCGCUGGCCGCUGCCUCCGAAGUCGCAGCUGUCGGGCGCGACAAAGUCAAGAGCUCCACGACGUUCCAGAGCGCGAGCGUCGCGGCCACCGCCGGGCGGGACAAAGUCAAGACGUCGCAGGCGUUCCAAGUCGCCUCGUCUGCCGCGGGUGUGGGCAAAGAAAAGGCGACGACCGUGGCCAGCGCGGGUCGGGUCAAGGCCGUAAGUGCACUUGUGCUGGCCAAGAACCGCCUGACCGCACUUAAGACGGGCUCGGCGUCCGCGCCCAGCUCGCCGCAGCCGGCGCAUCUGCCGUCGGCCGAGAAGCAGUUUUACAAGUACGAGAUGUCGGAGGACGAGAAGAAGCAGAAGCGCGCACAGGCGCGACGACGGGCGGACAAGAACCGACACGCGGGCGCCAGUGCCGGUUCGAGUGGACGACGGGAAGGCGGGAGCGCGCGACUGGCAGAUGGGGCGAGCGGGAAAGCUAGUGGCGCGGGCGCGGGAGCUAGUACCAAGCCAAGCAGUGGGAGGAGCGGCAGGAGCAGUGAUCAACCACCGGGUGGGAGCAGCAGACGACCUGGUGGAGGUGGCAGCCGACGCAAGAAGCAAGAGCGGCCAGCUUAG